GCGACAAAGAAAAGUAGGGAAAAGCAGAAGAGUAAUGGAUGAGAAGCUUGAGAUCCUUCUGAAAUGGGCAGCAAAGGUUGGAAUUUCAGACUCAGAAACUUCUCAAGUUCAGACCCAUCCCCCACUGACCUGUUUAGGUCACUCUCUCUUCGUUUCGCAUUUUCCCGAAGCCGGCGGAAGGGGUUUGGCGGCUCUGCGUGACAUUAGAAAAGGAAAGUUGAUUCUCAGAGUUCCCAGAUCAGCUUUAAUGACCAGAGAGACUGUACUCAAAGAUGAGAGACUAUCUAACGCUCUCAACGCCCAUUCUUCACUCUCUCCUACUCAGAUAUUAAGUAUUUGCUUAUUGUAUGAAGUGGAUAAAGGAAGUAGCUCUUGGUGGUAUUCAUACUUGAUGAAUCUUCCGAUUAGUUAUGACGUUUUAGCAGCUUUUGGUGAAUUUGAGAAGCAAGCUCUGCAAGUUCUGUCUCUUUCUCAUCAUGUGGAGGAUGCAAUUUGGGCUACACAAAAGGCCACGUUGAAGGCUGAAUUGGAAUGGAAAGAAGCUAAUGUGUUGAUGAAAGAACUUAACCUCAAGCCUAGACUUCUUACCUUUAAGGCAUGGCUUUGGGCGUCUGCUACUAUAUCCUCGAGGACCUUGCAUGUACCAUGGGAUGUGGCUGGAUGUUUAUGUCCUGUGGGAGACUUAUUUAAUUAUGCUGCACCUGGAGAAGACUUAAAUUUCAAGACGCAAUCUUCUUCAUUUGGAAUUAGCCAUUGUGUAGAUGGGCAUGACCCAACAGAUAUGUUACACUCAGAACAGCUUGAUUAUCAUUCAGGAAGAUUGACUGAUGGUGGUUUUGAGGAAGAUGUUGCUGCAUAUUGCUUCUAUGCCAGGAGACAUUAUAGAAAAGGAGAGCAGGUCUUAUUGUGUUAUGGUUCGUAUACAAAUAUAGAGCUUCUUGAACACUAUGGCUUUAUCUUGAAUGAAAAUCCAGGAGAAAAGAUCUUUAUUCCUUUGGAAUCUGAAUUGUGCUUCUCUAACACUUGGCCUAUGGAGUCCAUGUAUAUCCAGCAAUGUGGAAAACCUUCUUUUGCCCUACUCUCAGCUUUGCGUUUAUGGGCAACCCGGCCAAACCAACGAAGAUCUGUUUCUCAUCUUGUUUAUUCAGGAUCCCAAGUCUCAGUUGAAAACGAGAUACUUGUAAUGAAUUGGAUUUUGAAGAAGUGCAAUUUUGUCUUGAAGAAUUUGCCAACAUCAUUUGAAGGUGACAGUUCGCUUCUAAGUGACAUUGAGAAACUACAAGAUUCUUUUAGUUCUGUGCAGCUGAAGAAUGUUUUGGCAUCUUCAACAGGUCAUAUUCGCGCAUUCUUGGAGGCCAAUUGUUUGGAGAGAGGGGAAAGUAGUGCUAAGAUGCUAUCAUCUUUGAACAUUAUACAGGCCAUAGGUAGGUGGAGAUUAGCUAUUCAGUGGAGGCUAAGCUACAAGGAAACUCUGAUCAAUUGCAGUUCUUAUUGUUCUAAAGUUAUCGAGUCCCUUUCUUUUCAAAAUGACUCUAGAAUUGACCUUAGUGUAAUAUAAAUUUAGUGGUUUCAUCGCUCUUAUUUAAUUUUAAAGGAUUCAAUAAUUCUAAUUC